UAAAACCCUAAAAAAUCUAAACCCUACUUUAAAAUCAAACGCUUUUUCUCCGCUAGAUUUUUAAUUCCAUCUCUACUCUUCUCUCUCUCUCUCUCUCUCUCUCUCUCUCUCUCUCUGUGAAACAAAGUAGGUCUCAACUCUCUCAGUACAUUUUCCCGGAAUCCAAACACCCCAUUACGCGAAAUCAGUUCUCUCCUUCUUGAUCCCCCGCAAAUGGAUUCGCGGGAAGUUCCGCAGCAGCAGCAGCAGCCGCCGCCUCCUCAGCAGCAGAACAUGAUGGUGGGUCCGCCUUCCUACCAAACGUCCAUGCCCAACAGCAACCUAAACCCCAAUUCGGGUCCCAUGAUGGGCGGGCCUAACCCGGCCCGGUUCCCGUUCAAUGCCGUGCCUCAGCAGCAGCAGCAGCAGCAGCCCACAUCGAAGCCGCAGAUGGAUUCUCUGAGCCCCAGUCCGUACGACGGGUCGCUGAGGCCCUGCGGCAGCGGCGGAGGGUUCAGCAUCGACUCUUCUUCGGCUUCGGCGGCGAAGAAGAAGCGCGGGCGGCCCAGGAAGUACUCACCCGACGGCAACAUUGCGUUGGGAUUGGCUCCCACGCAGAUGCCCUCGACGGCUUCGACAGCCGCGGCGGGGCCCCACGGGGAGUCGAGUGGCACAAUGUCUUCGGACCCCCCGGCCAAGAAGAACCGAGGGAGGCCCCCGGGUUCGGGCAAGAAGCAAUUGGACGCUUUGGGAGCUGGUGGGGUUGGGUUCACGCCUCAUGUUAUUAUGGUGCAAGCCGGCGAGGAUAUUGCAGCAAAGGUUAUGUCCUUCUCACAACAAGGACCCCGUACGGUUUGUAUUCUCUCGGCAAAUGGGGCCAUCUGCAAUGUUACCCUUCGCCAGCCAGCAAUGUCUGGUGGUACUGUCACAUAUGAGGGUCGAUUUGAGAUUAUAUCGCUUUCAGGUUCCUACUUGUUUUCUGAAAAUAAUGGGAACCGCAGCAGAAGUGGUGGUUUGAGUGUAUCCUUGGCAGGGUCUGAUGGCCAAGUUUUGGGUGGUGGAGUUGCGGGCAUGCUGGUGGCAGCAUCACCGGUACAGGUCAUUGUGGGUAGUUUUAUUGCUGAUGGGAAAAAAUCCAACUCCAACUUCCUAAAAUCUGGGCCUUCUUCUCCACCACCAUCUCAAAUGUUGAAUUUCGGUGCACCGAUGACAGCGGCCAGCCCCUCCUCUCAAGGAGCCUCAAGUGAGUCAUCCGAUGAGAAUGGUAGUAGCCCUCUCAACAGGGGACCUGUGCUCUACAAUAAUGCUAGUCAACCCAUUCAUAAUAUGCAGAUGUACCAAAUAUGGGGUCAAGCUCAACAGUGAAGAGGAAAAUGCUUCCAGGUUACCAGUACAGCGCAUUCGGGUAUUGACUGCAUUAUUCUACCUAGUGGAUAGGGAGGAGGGGGGGUGGGUGGUGGGUGGGGGGACAACUCACAGGGGAUUAUUUUAGUUCUAGGUUGAGUUUUUGUUUUCUUUUUUGCUUUCAAAGUAGUUCACACUUUCCCUUUCUCUCUCUAAAUAUGAUUAAAACAUGGGCUAUUGUUGAUAGCUGAGAAUAUGCCGCCUGUCCCUUAGGUUCUCAUGAGUUAAAUUGCAUUUAAAAUAUUUUCUCGUUCUUUCUAUUUUUCAUUUUUCUUUGUUUCCCAGCUAGGAGUAUCUGACUUAAUAUGUAAACUUGUUUUACGAAUAUAAAAUUUCAUGGCAGUCUUGAAUA